CCUCUAUUGGUAAUUGUUCAUCAUUUACGAAAUGUUCGCGGAAUGGCGGAUUUCUUAAAAAAAGUCUUCCCUAAUGUCGUCAAGAUUGAUAAUUCAAAUGAUUUAAAAUGUUCAGCUGCUCAGAUUGAUGAUGCUAAAGAAGUAUUUGGUAUAAAUAAUGUUAAUGCAAGUGACCGAUGCCUUAUAAUAGGUGAAACAGAAAGCGGCCAAUCAGCAUUGCUGUUCCAGUGCGCUCUAAGUUGCGCUUUGGAAGGGGCAAAUGUUACAUUUAUCACACCAAACAAGUUAGAAACAAUGCCACUUCUGAUAGAGGGUGCCAGACAACCUGAUCAUGAAGUCAUGAAACAAGUACAUAUAAUGUAUCUACAUGAUCGGCUGUCCUUGUUAAAAUACCUGUCGUCCAUUCAUACUAAUUCAUCCUUGCCGCAUGUUAUCCUGGUUGACAAAUUGGACUACUAUUCAAACCAACCAAAGGCUGCUGACAAAAUUCAGAUAGUUUCAGAAACAUGUGCUUAUCUCCUAGAUGCCAUUUCUUUCGUGCAGUCUAAAAUGAAUGCUGAAAGGCUGCCACAUACCAACAUCAAGUGCAUGCUGGGGGCAUCAGUUUGUACCUCAGGGCCAUUGGACUCGCCGCUCCUGGACCUCUACCAACAUUUCAUACCAACCAUCUUUCAAAUAUCAGUUGUUUCAAGGCAAAAAAGUGUAUUUCAGAUUGCCAUGAUUGAAAAUGACCAAAAGAAAAGCCACGUGAUAAACUAUAUAAUUGGCACAGAUACUAUCAAAAUUUGUGAAGAUAAACACCUACAGGCAGGCAAGAAUGAACAUCCGGUUGUCCAUUAGUUGUUGAGCAAGUGCUAAAUCUGGAAGAUUUCAUAUAGGCUUAGAUGUAAUAUAAUAAAGAUUAAUAAGUUUUCUAUAAUUGUGUGAUGUGUUCAGUAUAUGCUGUUAAGAAAUAUUAUAACAUGUAAUAUUUGUAUGCCAUUUUUUUUUAAUCUGUUAAAGAUGGUAGUAUUUUCACAAAAAUUUUACAAAAAUCCCCCCGUGCACUUACCUAAAUGUUCCCCCUACUUAAAUCCGCCCCCCGAUUGGUCUCCUUUACAUUAAGGCAAAUGUAUGCACUUAUCUAGAAGAAUCGUAAUGAUUUUCUUCGGAUGUAUGGACUUGCCACCACAUUCCCAUUAUGUUCGAGGAAAGGAAGUGAUUAAUAAUAAUACAUUAUAAGACCACUUAAAUGUUGCAGCACAUUCAGGACCCUGGAAUGAUUUAAUAAUACCUGCUUAGAUCACUUAAUAUCUAUGGCCCUGAAAUAUGUUGUAGGAAUGGCCUAGAUAAUAUGUAGCUUCUAUAAGUAGAAAGUGAACAACUCUUGGCUUGUAUCCAAUUGCAACUUUUAUGUUUACCUGCCAGCAGUGGAAGUAUACAUUUUCACCUUUCAAUUGCCAUGAGGACAAAUCAAGUACAGACUUAUCCCCAGGCCCUGAACACUACUAAAAUGACUUGAUUAAAUUUGUAAAAAUAGCGAUAUCAGUAUUUUAAGAAAACACUUUGACCAAUAUUAUGCUUGAAAUUCUAGAUAACCUAGUAACCUGGUUUUACAUCUAUUCAUUAUCCCUGUGGUGGUAUGACAAUUUAUUUUUUAAUAUUAAUAUCACAGUGUGAACAUUUGUAUAGAAAAAGGGCAUACAGACUGUAUUAUCCAAAUACAAUAUGUGUAUUAAACCAGAAAUCUGCUAGAAAACAGUAAAGUGAAGUGAAGAUGUAUAUUAUGUACUACUACUGUCUGUUGCCACAAAGGAAGCUAUUAUUAGUGUAGUAAACAGCGUUUUUGUUUUGAUUGUUGUGUUAGUGUCUAGUAGGUGUAAACCCAUUUACAUUAAAGUAUCAUACAAUGUA